AAAACUUCGACUCGUCACCUCCGAUAUGGACCGGCCCGACUCCUCUCGGCCCGUCCUAUCCGACCGUGUCCUUAUAAACGGCGUCGUCACGCCGCUCACGUUCUUUGCCGACGGCGUUCUCCGGUGGACGGAGCGACGCCAGCGGACCUUGAUCGUCGAGAAGGAGGUCCUCGGCCUCAAAGUGGAGGGUCCGAAGAUCAGAAUCGGAGCUCUGGUCCACGCCGGAGCUGGAAUCUGCUGCGUCGCGAGCGGAGGAGGAGGAGGAGGAGCUCUGGUCAGGCGGGACUUGGUGUUCGAGCCUCUCUCCGAGGACUUGCGGAAGCUCUGGUGCCAGAAGCUUCUGGAUUUCAUCGAUUCGCUUGGAAGGCCGAGGAGGCUGUUAGUUUUUGUGAAUCCAUUCGGAGGGAGCAAAGCUGCUUCGAAGAUAUUCGCAGAUGAAGUGAAGCCGCUUUUUGAUGAUGCUGGUGUUCAGCUUACACUGCAAGAAACUCAGUAUCAACUGCAUGCCAAGGAAGUUGUGAAAACUCUGGAUCUUUCCAAGUAUGAUGGCAUUGUUUGCGUUAGUGGGGAUGGAGUCUUGGUUGAGGUAGUAAAUGGACUCCUUGAGAGAGAAGAUUGGGACACUGCAAUUAAGAUGCCUCUUGGAGUAGUUCCUGCAGGUACUGGGAAUGGAAUGGCGAAAUCUCUUCUAGAGUCUGUUGGUGAACCUUGUAAAGUGACGAAUGCUGUUCUCGCCAUUAUUAGAGGACAUAAGCGAUCAUUGGAUGUAUCUACCAUAUGGCAGGGGAAGACAAAAUUUUUUAGCGUGUUGAUGCUUGCAUGGGGCUUAGUAGCAGAUGUUGACAUUGAGUCUGAAAAGUAUAGGUGGAUGGGAAGUGCUCGUUUAGAUAUCUAUGCCAUUCAACGAAUUGUGCAUUUGAGGCAAUAUAACGGAUCUAUUUCUUUUGUGCCUGCACCUGGCUUCGAAGGUUUUGGGGAGCCUACUAGUUACAAGGACGGUGGUGAAUCGACAAACACUGAUCCAAGUCAAGAGAAGCCUGUUAAGGUUCGACAACUUGGCUAUGAGGGUCCUGAUAUUAGCUUGGAGAACAUGAACUGGAGAACAAUUGAAGGACCGUUUGUUUCAGUGUGGCUUCACAAUGUACCUUGGGGAGGUGAAGAAACAAAGGCAGCUCCUGAUGCCGAGUUCUCAGAUGGCUAUCUAGAUGUUAUAAUUAUGAAGGCUUGUCCAAAGUUAUCCUUGCUCUCGCUAAUGACAGGGUUGAGCAGGGGGACUCAUGUCAAGUCACCAUAUGUGUCGUACUUCAAGGUGAAAGCAUUUGUUUUGGAGCCUGGUGCUCGUGCUGAGGAUCCAACGAAGGAAGGGAUAGUAGACUCGGAUGGUGAGGUACUCGCUAGAGGCAAAGGAGCAUACAAAUGUCAGCAGAAGACACUAAUGUCAUACGAUAAACUUCAAAUAACUGUGGAUCAAGGUUUGGCCACUCUGUUUACCCCAGAACAGAAUAUACACUUUUCAUGAUUUGAUGUUUGGUGAUUGGGACAUACCGCACAUGAUACUAUGAUAGUCGUAUUUGUACAAUCUGCUCAAGUGUAUAGCCUCAACAACAAAAUAGCCAAGGGAUCAAGUUAUAAACAGUGAGGCGUUCCCUGGUAAAUUGCUUGCUGAAAAAGUAGUGUGCAGCUCAUGUUUCAAGAUCUAGCUUUGAUUUUUCAGUUUUGGUUUGAGAUAGACUUGUAGUACACCUCUCCAGUUUAUUGGCAAUGCUGUACAUGUAUUCAUACUCAUCUCGGUGGAGAAACAACCGAGUAACACCACAAAGCCAAACUAUAUGGACUAAUAUAUUCACUGAUCCCAUUUCCAAAUUCCAAU